GCAAGAAUUAGCUGUGCUUGUGUGGCGAGCGAAUGUUUGAAUGAGUACGAGAUGCGCGCCGAACGAGUGGGAACGAAUGGGAUAGAGCGACAGGCGAAAGAUGCGAAAGAUUGGCGUACGAAGAACGAAAGAAUGUGAGUGUGUUGCUAAAUACGAGUGCCAGGAGAGGACGAGAGUCAGUUGUUAGUUGACCGGCGAAAAACAACAGAAUAACGCGCCGUGAAGAGAUUGCGACAAUUGUCAGAAGCGGGAUCGCCGCGUUGUUGUACCGUUCGUGUAAAAUCGUUAAAGGGUGCGUUUAAAGGUGUCAAGCCUUUCGGUUGGCGUACAAACAGACGUAGUACUGUAUUGUGCGAAAUUGUUAGAAAUAACAGGCCAAACGGGCGUAGUACUCGGAGUUUCUUUAACAAUGGCCGACGAAGGACGAGAACGCGAGGAGCGACGUUUUCGCGAUGUGUCGAGUGUGUUACCUGUGUUUGACCCUGUUUCGAACGAUCAAACAUUACGCCUUGUCGAAACUAACCGGCGUCGCAAGAAAAUGGCGAGACAGUUUACCACGUGUUGCGCGCUCAUGGUUGCAAUGGAAGGACUUGUUAAUCGAAAACUUUCCAUCAGACGAAAGCAUGUGGAAGCAGAUCUUCGAAAACCUUCAAGCCAAAGAAAAAUAUUCCUGAGGGGACUCAUCAAUAUGACUUGAUGAAACAUGCUGCUGCCACUCUAGGAUCUGGCAAUCUAAGGCUUGCAGUUAUGCUUCCAGAGGGUGAAGAUUUGAAUGAAUGGGUCGCUGUAAAUACUGUUGAUUUUUUUAAUCAAAUCAACAUGUUAUAUGGCACUAUCACAGAAUUUUGCACAGAAGAAAGUUGUCCCAUCAUGUCUGCAGGACCGAAAUACGAGUACCAUUGGGCUGAUGGGCACACUGUCAAGAAGCCGAUCAAGUGUUCUGCACCAAAGUAUAUUGACUACUUAAUGACUUGGGUGCAGGAUCAGUUAGACGACGAAACAUUAUUCCCUUCAAAAAUUGGUGUUCCCUUCCCAAAAAAUUUCUUGUCCAUCGCGAAGACAAUAUUAAAACGACUGUUCAGAGUGUAUGCCCACAUUUAUCAUCAGCACUUCAGCGAAGUGGUACAACUAGGAGAGGAGGCACAUUUAAAUACGUCUUUCAAACACUUCAUCUUUUUCGUUCAGGAAUUCAAUUUGAUCGAGAGAAGGGAAUUAGCGCCGUUACAAGAAUUAAUAGAGAAAUUAACGGCGAAGGACGCCCGAUGAAUGAUCUCGUCUCGUCAUCCGAGAAAUAACUCCUCCAAAGAAUCUCACCCGUGCUAUCUUGUAACGAAAGUGUAACCGCGCAUGUUAUUUAACUAACUUAAUCAUUGCUAACGUGACCAUCGCCUCUGGCCGGGGACCACUGGCCGCAUAACAUUCUAUUCAUUUGUACGAGAAGUGACUGAUCAUAAAUUUUUCUAACGGAUCGCGGACAUUCGACCAGACGUAUGAUACUCGACGAGAGCGUCUCGGCCAACCAUGGAACCGAGAUCGGUAAUACCAGAACGAUCGGGAGGGGGGUGAGGAUUAGUAAUAUAGACUUUUGUAAAAUAGUUGUACACGCGACACGCAUCGUAGCGUUCGUUUUCUUUUACGUUUCGAGAAAGAUGAAGGAGAACAAAAAAAGAAAAAAAGGAACGGUUGUUUUCCAAUUAGCGGAGGUUUCCUCGUGAAUUGUAAUUUAUUACGCGUAACAAGUUUUUGUACUUGGAGUUUACAUUUGAACGGCGUUAAAGUCGGAACGUGCAUCAUUUCUUCCAUGAUCCUUGCCGUCGGUGUCCAUUGUCUGGCUACCUGUAGGCGGCAAGAAUCAAUGGAGCUAACGUGUACAGCGUGAAUCAUACGCGAAGAGAUUAAUUCAUAUCGUCUAUGGAACAGAUAUAUAUAUAUAUAUAUAUAUAUGUGUGUGUGUGUAUAUAUAUAUAUAUAUAUCGUAAAAUGUUCGUACAACGAUGAUACUCGGUCUUGCGUUUCUAUUUUCAUCGAUAUAGCAUUUCUGACCUAUCAUGUUGCGUCAUUUUAUUAGCUCCUUUAAAAGUGUCGUCGCUUUUAAACGAUAAACUCGACAAACACACGUACCCACACGCAUAUACGCAUACGCGGGCUAUACAUGCUCGCGUUCACACGGUGUUUAUCAUGGAAAAAGAAAAUGUAACGCUCUCGAUCAUGUUUCCUUUUCUUUUUCAAAUCGUACAGUCUGUUCGAGAACUGUUGCGCCUUCGGUGUCGAACGAGCACGAGCGACACGGUAUAAAUGUUUAUAUCACGAUACUGCACAUUGUUGGUAUAUAAAGUUAUUAAGUUAAUAUAAUUCUAUUAUAUUACAAUUAUCAUGAUAAUGUAAAUUAGGUUUUAGGCGACUACCGUGUUAAGCGCUUAAUAGAAAUUAUUUAAUAGAGUUAGGGAUUUUACGCGCACCUAUAUUUUAUCCUUUAUACGAGUGAGUUUUUGAGUCUGUUCUAUUUUAGAAGAUGCAUAUUAUAUUUAAGCCGUUUGCGUAUCGUACAACUGGGAAAAAGGAUCGGGGGGGAAAAAAUUCGAGGGAAGUUGAAAAAUUCGUUUCACGAUGAUGAUGAUGGUGUAUUCUAUUCAUCGUCGCGUUAACGCGCUCGUGUCAAAAUUCUUCGUUUGUUAUAUAAAUUGUAUAUAUAUAUAAAAAUUCGACGCACAUCGACCGAACGGUGUUUCCCAUUUCGGAUGAGGAGGGCUUUUCGUUUCGAACGACCUUCAGUUUCGCGGUUUUAGAGUUAAUUCGGUGGAUACAGGGUAUCCCAGGAUGGAACGCAAAGGGCAAUUUCGCAUACACACGAUAUGGAACACAGUUGGCGCGUGUAUUUAUGAAAUAUUACGCGUACCCGCGAGUUACGUCGCCGUUCACCCUUCGCAGUACAGUCGCCGAGCACUUUUAACUUAUUGCAAUUCGAUUAACUACAACAACCGAGGAGAAAUACUUCAACAUGCCAUUAGGUCCACCGGAAAAUUCUAUUCGUUUCUAGAUCCAAAUACAUUUUCAAUACAUUUGUUAACUCUGAAGACAGUGCCAUUAGUGACAUCAAGCGUAUAUCUGAAAACUGUAAACGAUUGAUUUCACUAUUCAAACGCAAGAUCAGUCUUCACAUUCGAAACCGAUACUUAUAAUACAACUUAUAGGUUUCAACCUCUUGCCCUAUGUUCUCAACUAAUCGAUCCAACUGUUAUUAAUAAUUCAUUGGAAAUAAGAGAACACGUGCUCUAAGAUACAAUGAUCGACAACAGAAAUAAUAUAUUCAAUCUAUAGAAUAUUUCCAAACUCGAGAUUGCCAGAACUUUCCAGUAGACCUAACAUACAAUCACAUUUUAACACUUAGCCAACCGAUCUCCCACUGUUCACUUAUCAACGUAUCUUCCAUUGUUUAUCUUUUGUUCAUCAAGUCACGAAGUGGGAUUAUCUGCAAUCCAUCAAAUACGGUUCUUUUACAAAACACAGUUUAACCGAAUGAAUUGAACGAGUUCAAAGAUAAUGGAGGUUGUGAUUUUAGUUCUUUUUAGGCGGUCGCCUAAGUGUUAAUGGAUCCGAUGACUGCACUGCGAACGGUCGACAGCAGAACUUGAUAGACACAUCGGAUAGGAUAUAAUUCGUUUCUAGCGCGUUCAGCUACGUAUGUUCGUUUUCUUGCUUAUAGAUGAAAUGUUAAUAUAUAUAGAUAUAUUAUACAAGAGAUGCUUACUGUUCCCACGCGCGGCGAACUGCACCGUUGCAAAUCAAGUAUUAAAUGGACGCGUUGUGUAUCCGCUUGCAACGAUAGGUAACGCUAUUUAGUGGUUUUUUCGUUCGCGCUCUGUCAAUUUCUACUGUUCUCUCUCUUCUCUCUCUCUCUUCUCUCUCUUUCUCUUUCUAACUCUGUCUGUCUCUCUGCGCCCUUUGCUGUGAUGAAACAGAAUUAUGCAUUUCUCGCGGAACGCGCUACACUUACAUGGAGGAAGCGGCGAUGUUUAUCUUUUCCUUUGUCGCGUAAGCUGUCUCAAUGUCGAUGCGAAUGAAUGGCGUUUGUUUGGGGGAGAUUGUCAGCUUCGCGUCGGGCAGGAAGUCAUCGCGUAUGAUCGCCGGUGAAAUCGGUUCGCUUCCGUUCAAACUGUCCCGAGGGAGAUUCUCGAGAUCAUUUUAAUCGACGACCUUCAACCCCUUGCCGGCAGGAUUUCAACUCUUUCAAAUACUCGACACUUUCCGACGAGACGUAGACAUUGCUUGAAACUAAUUUAACGAUUCAUAGAUAAAUUAACGCCUGAAUUCGAAUUGAAUAUUCUUCUGUUAUCGACUGUCAGAUUUUAGCGGAGCGAAUCAGCGUUUCUGUAAUAGGCCACCGACUCGAGAGACCAACAGGCAAGGGGUUCACUUUGUACUUCGAGCGGAACGGAUUCGGUGAACUUGUAAACUCGUCGGAAGUCUGCCGGAAUGUUGAAUAGUCUGGACUGGAGGUUUUAUUGAAAUGUUUCAUGCGAACGAUGGUGAUGAUACAUUGUGAUAAAUAGAUUUGCGGAUACUUGUGCGAGCGAAAGUCUUCGCAGACUAAUCUGGAGAGAUGAGGAUGAUAGUUCGAAAUCGAAUAUUAUGAAAAAUCGAG